AUGAGUCCGAAAAACGUCGUUUUCAAGAAGAUUUGUAAGGACAAGUCGGUGAGUGAAGAUGAACAUGAAAAAUCCUCCUCAGCUGGGGUUUGACCGUUCGUCCUGAAGGCAGGAUCUGACUCUGUGCUGAUCUGACUCGAUCAUGUUUUAUCCUUAAAAAUAACCCUAAUCCUAACCCAGAAGAUCAGUCAGAUCCUAAACCAGAAUUUAAUUAAUUUAAUUCUGUAAAGGGGACUGUCCAUCAGUUUCAGGUUUUCAAAGUCUCUGUUCUGGUUCAGGUCGGGGUCUACAUGGGGAAGAGAGACUUUGUGGACCAUGUGGACUCUGUGGAUCCAGUCGGUGAGUGUGACCCACGACAAAGAUGUUAAUGAAGGUGCUGAGGGUUAAAUCUGACUCAAGAUACAAGUUAACCUGUAACUUAUGAGGAGCUUUAAAAAUGUCAGGAAUGAGGCUUAAAGAUCCCCUUUAUUAUUACUAUUAUUGUUAUUAUUAUUAUUAUUAUUAUUAUUAUUAUUGUUAUUAUUAUUUUUUAUUGUUAUUAUUAUUACUAUCAUAACCAUCAUCUUCUGUUUUAUAAUUUUAUCCUUAUUAUUUUUUUAUUAUUAUCAUUAUUAUUAUUAUUAUUAUUAUUAUUAUUAUUAUUAUUAUUAUUAUCAUCGUUAUAAUUAUUUUAUUAUUAUUGUUAUUAUUACCAUCAUCAUCUUUUUUGUUAUUAUCAUCGAUUAUUAUUACUAUUUUGUUAUUGUUUUUGGUAUGAUUAUUGAAACAUUUUUUUAAAAUAUUAUUUUUUUAAAUUAUUAUUAUUAUCUAAAAAAAAAACAUAUAAGUAUUUAAAUAUUUUUUUUUACUGCAAACAUUUUACCAAUCUUUUUAAACACCUCCACUGAAUCAUCACUUAAUCUAUCUUCUUCUGUUUGACCACCAGAUGGCGUCAUCCUCAUUGAUCCUGAGGCUCUGCAGGGAAGGAAAGGUCAGUAUGAUGAUAUAAUUUAAACUCAUAUAUAAUCAGAUAAUAUCUCAUAAACUUUGGUGUGACAGUGAAGACUUUAAUCUUCUAAAACCUUCUGACAUGUGGACCUGAACAUUUUUAAACGGUCCCCGUCCCUCUCAGUAAGAAGUCCUCUGGUUUGUCUCCAUCAGUGUUCGUCACCCUGUCCUGCACCUUUCGCUACGGCAGAGACGACAUGGACGUGAUGGGAAUCGCUUUCCGCAGAGAGCUGUACCUGUCCACCCGCCAGGUGUACCCGCCUCUGCUGGACCGGGAGAAGGGCGUCCACACCAGGACGCAGGCCAAGCUGCUGCGCAAGCUGGGAGACAACGCCUACCCCUUCUUCUUCGAGGUGACGCCAUUAAAACAAGACUCUUCAGAUUUUAAAUGUGUGAUCUGCUGUGGUGGUUUUUCUGUGUCUCCUCUGUUCCUUCUCUGAUCUCCAGUUUUUAUCUCCUCAGUUUCCCGAUAACCUGCCGUGCUCGGUGGCUCUCCAGCCGGCGCCUCAUGACGUCGGAAAGGUAAGAUCGAAACUGUGAAGUUAAACGAACAUCUCUGUGGUGAGAACAUCCCAGAAUAACGUCGCCUCCUUUCUCCUCGUCUGAAGCAAUGUGCCGUAGAGUUUGAGGUCAAAGCGUUCAGCGCCGAGAGCCCGGACGCUAAAGUCCACAGACGGUGAGACUCAGCUGAACAGGUCCUGUACCCGGACUCUUGUGGUUUUUCUCUACGUUAACUCUGAUUUCUCCAACAGGAGCAUGGUCAAGCUGCUGCUCAGGAAGGUCCAGUACGCACCGGAGGGUCCAGGAGUGGCGCCCUCUGUUGAGACCACCAGGGAAUUCGUCAUGUCGGAGAAACCGCUGCACGUCCAGGCCGGUCUGGACAAAGAGGUGAGAUCUUUUCUGUUACAUCUGACAAAAUCGGAGAACUGUGGUGUCACAGACCGCCUGGUCGACUGCCUGUUAUCUCUACUGUUUGACUGUUACCAGUUACUACCUCACCCCCAAUUUCCACCUUCAUCCUGAUCGUCUCCUAAAAGGUCGUAUCCUCCGAUCGUAGCUGAUCGUAACCAUUCAAGUUAACGUGUCAAUUUACACCGACUUCUUUCCGUUCCUCUGCGGAUCGCCGGACUCCUCAGCUGAUCACAAGAGUUCUAUUUUUUCUGGACGCCGGAGCAUGGCGGAUAAAUUCAGCACAGAUUAACCCGUGCUGGAAAGGAAGUCGGGCACAGACACAACAUAAAACAUCCGACAAAGAAGUGAAAGGUUUUUUAGACGUCAUUUCACCCCGAUGACACCAUGGAUGAGGAGAUGCUGAUUCUAGAAGUCUAGAAGUAGAUUUCCUCCUCUGGAAGGACACAAUCUACUGCUUAUAUGUCUAUGUGUCUGUCUUUAGAGAGACAACUCGUUAUCGUGAGAUUGAACGUGAAUCUGCAGGUUCUUGUGAGUUCUCGCCAUUCCUGCCGUCUGUAAUCCGCCACGAAAUUCACAAACGGAUCCGGUUGGAAUUGGCGGACGGCGUUCUGGAUCGGAGGCGUUCCGGAUGCGUUGAAAAUUGGGGGUCAGGUUUCUGUCUAUCUACCGUCCUUUGGCGAUAACUUCUGUACAUUUGACAUCCUUCUUCGUUGCUAUGCAGAUGACACCCAGCUCUAUCUGUGUCUGAAAAACAGAUACUCAGGUGUCGUAAAAGGACCAUAUGAUGAACGCUGUUUCUGUGUGUCCUGUUUUCAGAUGUACUACCACGGCGAGAUCAUUAAAGUCCACGUCGACAUUACAAACAACUCCAGCAAAACCAUCAAGAACAUCAUCGUCUCCGGUAAUCCUCUCAUCUGUCACUAUUUAAAUACACGCUUUAGUUUAACGUUAAACAGCGUGUCAUAAUUCACCAUCGUAUAAACUCGUCUUCCUCUUCAGUGGAUCAGGUCGCCAACGUGGUGUUGUACUCCAAUGACAGCUACGCCAAAUGUGUCGCCAUCGAGGAACCUGGGUAAGACACACACCUGAGUUUUUAGGGGUUUCCUCCUGCAUUCAGAAAAAAAAUAACUAAAGUGGUGAAACUAAAUUCAUGGUGAAGGUUUGAGAAAACUUGAUCAGGUGUGAGUGUGACGGUGUCAUCAGCAUAGAGGUAAAAAACAGAGUUCGAGACCUUCUGACCAAGACGUUUCAUGUAGAAAGUGAAUUAAAGUGGGACCAGACCUGAUCCCUGGGGAACCCCGAUGUGAAUUGGGGGUUUGUAAUUUUUAAUCUAGCCACUUAAGAUAACAGAAUCUUUCAGAACAAGGUGUUUCACUUUACCUGUACCCUGUUUCUGUACAUGGUUAGGUCUGCAAAAUAUGAGAAAAAUGGACGCCACCCGCAAAAUGCCAGAGACGACACAUGAUGGGAAAUCGUCUGUAAACAUGCUAAGUUAUGGUUUCUGUGUUCGAUAUGAUCAAGAGUAACAAGGACUAUGACUUCACAAGGACGUAACUGACGAUGAUCGGCUGGUUUUACUAAAAUAGUGAUUCUGAGUCGGACUGGAUUAUCUGUGUUUCAGUGAUUCAGUUCCUCCAGGAGCCACCCUGCAGAAGGUCUACCCUCUGCUGCCCCUACUGGCCAACAACAGGGAGAGACGAGGCAUCGCCCUGGACGGCAAACUGAAGCAUGAAGACACCAACCUGGCGUCGUCCACCAUGUGAGUGAAACGGUCUCAGAGGCAGAUUCCUCAGUCUGAUAAAAACACGUGAAUAAAAUGGCGUCUCUCCUUCCUCUCAGCGUGAAGGACGGCGUGCUGAAGGAGGUGAUGGGGAUCAUGGUUUCAUACAGAGUCACGGUGAAGCUCAUCGUUGGAGGGUCAGUCUUUCUUUGAAUGCUUCUUACUUCCUGACUUCUGGAUCUUUGCUCGACUUUAACUUUCUCUGAUUUCUUCCAACGCUCUCAGGAUGAUGGGAUCAAGGUGGGUCCUCUCGCAUUCAGACAUAUACAGAGUGUUUUGGCGUGGUCAGACGCAAAGGUGGUAUUUUCCAUCUUUAAGAAGCAGAGAGCGUCUUUGUAGGAGGCUUUGAGGGACUGAACGCUUCAUCUGACGUGAAAACAUCUUCAGAUCUCCGAGGAGGGGCUGGGCAGAGGGAGGUCUGGGUAACCCCCAAUUUUCACCACAUCUGGAACAGCAACGAUUUUUCGCCAUGUGCCAAUUCCUGCCGGAUAGGUUAACUUGAAUGGUUACAAUCAGCUACGAUCGGAGGAUACGACCUUUUAGUAGACGUUCAGGAUGAAGGUGGAGAUUGAGGGUUAGUUGGAUUGCUUCUCCAGGACUUGAUCCUGGACUCAUGAGUGUUUUCAGUUUCAGGCCCACAUCCUCAUGACAGGGUUAGGGGUUAGGGACCAGGCCAACACCCACGAUGAAACACAUGUCCACACACAACCUCCACAGUAACUGCUACGUCUAAAACCUGAAAAUAAUCGUGUUGCAGAUCAUGGCGUAGAGGGUCGUGUUUAAAGGUUUGUUCUUGUGUGUUUCAGCGAGGUCUGCAUGGAGGUCCCUUUCAAACUGAUGCAUCCGAAACCCGACGCAGGUACAGAAGCAGCGCCGCACUCUGACGAAGUAUCACUGCAUGAAUCUGAUACUUAAAGAUGAAGUUAUAGAACUUGAAGUCAUGUAUAUUUAUCUUUAUGAUGAAGGAUCCUCGGUCUGAUUCGUUAAAUCUCUCUUGAUUUUUAAAUAUAUUCUGAGGAUUAAAACGUUUUUCCUUCUCUUUUUGCUGCCGACAGUGAAGGAGAGGUAAGACUGUUCAGACUCCAAAUAAAGAUCCUUACAGACGCCCUCCGUCCCUGUCUGAUAUUAAUGAAUACAGAAACAGGACUGACUCUGAGCAGGUCGGGCACACGUGGUUUUGUUCACCCUCAUAUUUAGUGAAUUUGUCCUCCGCCUGUCCUCCCUUUUGUUCAGUACUCCCAGGAGCCGGAUCAGGUUUCCGGGUCUGUUGUCCCUGAUUCAGCUCCUUUUUAAAGCUGUCCUGUGUCUCCAUCAGCAGUAUCAUCUUUCCUCUCUUUGACCUCCACGUUCUCGCUGUCGUUCCUCAGACUUCAGUCGAGGUGAAGUCCGAGCGCUCGCCGGUCAGAUGAGGAUUAUUUAACCCUAACCUCCUCUGUCUGCCGUCCGCAGUGAGAUGGAGGAGGAGAUGGAGUUCCAGGAGUUCAAGCGUGCCUACCUGAAGGGGAUUAUCGAUGAUGAUGACGAUGAAGAGGGAAAUGCAUCAGGCGGCGAGGACAUGGCGCCUGCAGAGAAAUAG